CUUUCGCUCCUUUUGCCCUUUGUCAGCUGAUUACUUUGAAGGAGCGAAAAAGAAGAAGAAAACCCACUUUUUCCCACCUUUUUUUCCCUAAAGAACCCGUCUUGGAUCCAAGCACAUUCCAUUUCUUAUGAAAAAGGGUCCUUCAUUGUGGAUCCUCCAUUGAUCAUUGACUCAUAGCCUUGCUGAGAUUUGGCCUUUCUUGAUCAACCCAGGCUCCGACCCGACUGUUGUAACCAGACGUGGGCUUGGGCUCCGAAUGGGUAGCCUGGGCGGGUUUCGAGAGACUUCGGGUCUUCGAGACGGGUCCAUGGAGGAAUCUACUGUGACUGAGGAGAGUGUUGGGUGUGGAGGUGGGAGAAAAAGGAAGGAAUUGCGCUCUGAAGAUGAGUCUUCCAAGCUUGUUUCUACUACUACUAGUGCAAAUGAAUUGAAUGAUUCAAAUGGAAAACGGAUGAAAAAGCCAGGCGCAAAGAAUGAGAGAGAGGGUGGCAAGCCAGACCAGAAUAGUAAGCCUGCCGAGCCGCCUACUAAGCAAGACUAUAUUCAUGUCAGAGCCAGAAGGGGUCAAGCAACUGAUAGCCAUAGUCUGGCUGAGAGAGCCAGGAGAGAGCGUAUUAGCGAGAGGAUGAAGAUUCUUCAGGAUUUGGUCCCCGGAUGCAAUAAGGUCAUAGGGAAGGCACUUGUCCUUGAUGAGAUUAUUAACUACGUCCAGUCGCUGCAGCAGCAGGUUGAGUUCUUGUCAAUGAAACUCGAAGGAGUUAAUUCAAGGAUAACCUUGAAUCCUAGCCUAGAAGGCUUUCGUUCAAAGGAUAUUGGUUUGCAGCCAAUAGAUGACGCUGGGAUGAUAUUUGGUUCACAAGCAGCAAGGGAAUAUGAUCAAGGAUCACAACCCGAGUGGUUGCAGAUGCAUGUCGGUGGGAAUUUCCAACGAGCGACGUAACUCGGAGAAUCGUCGUUUGCUUAAAAAGCAAUAAGAACAAUCCGUUUGUCGUCUUUUAGAUCGAAUGGUUUACAUGAGUUGCAGAAAAUGUGUUUCAUAAACGUGGACUAGUGUUGCUAAAUUUGUAAUAUCUAAUCUGUUGUAGAAAAUG